CGUCGUCUCCUCUGACCUCCUCGCGGCGGCUCGACGGAGGCGGCGGCCGGAGAGGAAGAGGUGGUGGUGCCGGGAUGGUUAGCUUUUCCGCCUACUCCCCAUGCUCAACCGUGGCUGGUAUGUUCAAGAACGAGGGCAGCGCCGCCGCCUUCAACGCACACAAGGAAUCAAUCAUGCGGCAUGUUGUAGUACAAUGUGGCACUUCUAGGGACACUCCAAGAACGUUUAAUACUAAUGGUUCACAUGCUGAAUCUUCAGCAGUUGCCAAAGCUGGUACCGCCCCUCUGGUUCAGGCGCUGAAAUUGACUGCUAAUCAAGAUGUUUCUUGCUUUCACUUUCCUGGACACAAUAGAGGAAAAGCUGCUCCUCGUUCAUUGUCAGAGCUUAUUGGCUCAAGAACAUUUUUGCAUGACUUACCUGAGCUACCUGAGCUUGAUGAUCUCUUCUCCCCUAAAAGUGUGAUUUUAGAUGCUCAGAAGCAGGCAGCUGAACUAUUUGGAUCAUGUAAAACAUGGUUCCUGAUUAAUGGAAGUACAUGUGGAAUCCAGGCCUCAGUGAUGGCUACCUGUUCCCCUGGUGACCACCUCAUCGUACCUCGAAACUGCCAUAUUUCAGUGAUCUCUGCACUGGUUUUGUCUGGUGCUGUGCCCAAAUAUGUAGUACCCGAGUACAAUUCUUGGUGGGACAUUGCCGGGGGUAUUACCCCAUCACAGGUGGAUAAAGCGGUUAAGGAACUGGAGGAGGAUGGAAAGAAGGUAGGCGCUGUUCUUGUUACAUCACCAACCUAUCAUGGCAUAUGCAGCAAUAUACAAGGUAUUGCCAAUGUUUGCCACCUGCAAGGCAUUCCUGUUAUAGUUGACGAGGCGCAUGGUGCCCAUUUCAGGUUUCACAGAAAUUUCCCGAGCAGCGCAACUGAGCAAGGCGCCGACUUGGCCGUGCAAUCCACGCACAAGGUUCUGUGCUCACUUACACAGUCCUCAAUGCUUCACAUGGAUGGAGAACUUGUGGAUGCAGAUAAAGUAAGCCAAUGCCUCCAAUUGCUCCAGAGCUCAAGCCCAAGUUACCUUCUACUCUCGUCUUUGGAUGCCACGAGGGCUCAACUGAGCGAAAAUGCAGAAUCUUUUGAUGAACCAGUAUCUGUGGCUUUAGAAACAAAAGAUCAGCUGAGGACUAUCCCAGGGAUAUCUGUUUUGGACUUGUCAAGUUUUCAUUCUGAUUUUCCUGCUAUCGACCCCUUGCGCAUCACAUUAAGUGCUUCAGAUCUACAAUUAUCUGGAUAUGAAGCAGAUGAUAUUUUAGCUGAGAAUCAUCAAAUUGUAUGUGAACUUGUCGGUACAAAGGCCAUGACAUUUGCAAUCAACUUAGGGACCAGACGGCAUGAUGCUCAAAGGCUUGUACAUUCUGUAAAGCAUCUGUCAGAAAAAUACUUCUCUGAAAAUGGGUCCAGUUCCAGAAAAGAGAAUCUUGCUUGUAGCCCACUGGACAAGUUCUCCAUCAAGUUGACACCAAGGGAGGCAUUUUUUUCAAAGAAGAGGAGACUGUGCAUUGAGGAUAGCCUUGGUGAGAUUUGUGGUGAGCUAAUCUGCCCUUACCCACCAGGUAUCCCGGUGCUGAUCCCAGGUGAGUUAGUAACUCAGGACUCACUGUCAUAUUUGAUGAAUGUCAGGGACAAUGGCAUGGCAAUCAGUGGAGCAGUUGAUAGUAAACUCAGGUCCAUUAUGGUAUGCAACUUGUGAAACUGAUGGUUGUGUUAUUAUUUCAAGAUAACAUGUGGCACAGAUUGAUAGAUUAGAACCACAGAUCAGGCCAAACUCUUGACAGAUAUGAACAACAAUCAUGUACAUAUGGGACUGGUCACUUGGCAAAUGAUCGCAUCACAUUUCGUGUUUUGAGAAGAAAAGGUUAGUUGUCAAGCUGCAACAUGGAACCAAAAUAUGAAUAUGGUCUUAUGGCAUGUGAUCUCUUUGAGCAUGAAGGGAGCACAAACCACAGAAGCGGCAACCUUUCGUCUGAAGUGCCUUGGAAUGUAAUGAACGGAAGCCUCAAUCAGAACAUAGAAUCUGGAUCUCAAGCAUCAGGCACAAGUUUGCACACGUCCAUGGUUUUCCAGAAGCAUUUUGAAUGGUUGCUCAAUCAAGUACCCUAGCUGCUCUUGCAAGUUUCAACAUCAACCCAGGAAUUCACCAAUGUUCUACAGCGUGUACUAAAAGAUUAACUUAUAGCACAUCAUUGCAAUGGCCAAUUAUAUAUUCAUUUCUAGUACUAGAACAGCUAAAUACAAAUGAAAUACUAGCCAAUUAAAGACGUCUGGGGCUCAGGGGUCAGGGAAUGAUACUACAGUAGCAGAUUUAGUUGCAUGGAUUAAUUUAGGGCUUAAUCCUCUUAUAAAUUGCAAUCACCAACCAAGAAGUAAUGUGGUGAUGAUGCAGUUGGGUUUGUCACGGGUUGGCUUUUUGCCAGAACAUUAGCUCACCAUAAACAAUAAGGACUUGAGAGCUAA